AUGUCGUCGUUCGACAUUAUCGAACACUCGGUGCCCUGCCAACACAUCCGCGAAUACCCUCGAGGCACAGCCGACGCCCAAGAAUCCGUCCUCUACCUUGCAGUCAAGCAAUACAUCCCCAAGGACAACCCCAACCCUCAACCUGGCGACGUCACCAUUAUCGGCGGUCAUGCCAAUGGGUUCCCCAAAGAGCUGUAUGAGCCGCUCUGGGACGACAUCCACGCGCGGUCGAAAAAGCAUGGCUUCCGCAUACGGAGUAUAUGGAUUGCCGAUGUUGCGCACCAAGGUCGGAGCAGCGUGUUGAAUGAACAGCUGCUAGGGAACGACCCGGGGUGGUUUGACCACUCCAGGGAUCUGCUCUUGAUGAUCAAUCUGAAGAGACAUCUCAUGCCCCGGCCUAUCGUCGGCAUUGGCCACUCCAUGGGAGGUAGUAACUUAGUAAACCUUGCGUACAUGCAUCCGCGACUGCUGUCGACUCUCGUGCUCAUCGACCCCGUCAUCCAGGUCUACUCUUCCGUACCCCCCGAAGUGGGGCCCUCUCCCGCUCGUCUAUCCACCUUCCGCCGGCAAGUAUGGCCGUCUCGCACUGCUGCAGCCUCCUCCUUCGCGGCCUCGAAGUUCUACCAAGCAUGGGAUCCCCGCGUCUUAGAACGGUGGGUGAAAUAUGGCCUCCGCGACAUGCCUACGCUUCUGCACCCGAACGCGGACACGGACUCGUCCAAAGACAAAGACAAUCAGUCCGGCCCAAAAGUCACGCUCACGACUCCUGCACCACAAGAAGUCUUUACCUUCUUGCGGCCCAACUACGAAGGCUACGGCCAGGACGGCCGGCCCGUAAACCGUAAGACCCAUGCGGACUUAAAUCCCGCCCUGCCCUCGAUUUACCCGUUCUACCGCGCCGAGGGCCCACAGACGUUUUUCCGGCUCCCCGAACUACGGCCCUCGGUGCUAUACAUCUUCGGCGGCAAGUCCGACGUCGGCACCGCCGAGGCGUGCAAAGCCAAGAUGGACAUCACUGGGGUGGGUGUCGGCGGAUCAGGGGGCGCGGCGGAAGGACGCGUCCGCAGCGUCACCUUCGAGGACAUUGGCCAUUUGAUCGCCAUGGAGGCUGUCGACCGCACGGCCGACCACUCUGCCGAAUGGAUCGGAAAGGAAAUGGAGAUGUGGCGCAAGGACGAGGACGAGCAUCUGCGGACAUGGACCCACGCCAAGUCGCUGGUCGAGAAGCAGAGCGUGGAUGACCAGUGGAAGAAGAUGAUCGGUGGGCCAUAUGAGCGGCCUAAGAAGUCCAGUCCCUCAAAGUUAUAG